AUGGCUGAUUCUUUGAAUGUAAACGGUCUCUCUUUGAACGACUCGAAGCACGCCCCUCAGGGCCCGAUGAUCGGUGGUCGUUCUGCCUACAUCCCUCCACACCUUCGCGGCUCGGUCGCCGCUCCGCGUGGACCACCUACCACCGGCAUGGAUGGAGCUGGUCCUCAGCCUGCACCUCAGUCGGGUCCUCAGGGUUUGAACGGCAAUGCAUGGGCAAACAACACCAAUAGCAAUGGCAGUUGGGGCAAUGCAGCUGGCCCAGGCGCUCCCGGUCCACAGCCCAACGGCUGGGCCGGACAAGGCGCCCCUCGUCCUUUCAACCCGAACGCGUACGGCGCUCCAGGCGGCGGCCACGGCGGCCACGGCGGCGGUUACGGCGGGAAUGCGGCUCGCGGGUCAGGAGACGGACAAUGGAAAGAUGGACAACAUGUUCCUGGUCCUCAAAACCCCAAAGUGGAGCGCGAAUUGUUUGGUAUUCCCAACGAUCCCUCCAAGACCCAUACCGGCAUCAACUUUUCCAACUACGAUGACAUUCCUGUCGAGGCUAGCGGCCAAGACGUCCCCGAGCCUGUGAACACCUUUUCCAACCCGCCCCUCGAUGACCAUCUGAUCAGCAACAUCAAGCUUGCUGGCUACGCCACUCCCACCCCUGUGCAGAAAUAUUCUAUUCCCAUUGUUAUGGGUGGACGAGAUCUGAUGGCUUGUGCACAGACUGGUUCUGGCAAGACUGGAGGUUUUUUGUUUCCCAUCCUUUCGCAGGCGUUCCAGCAUGGUCCUUCUGGGGCACCUGCAUCUGGGGCUGGCUUCCGCCAGCGAAAGGCGUUCCCUACUUCCUUGAUUCUGGCUCCAACUCGCGAGCUUGUGUCUCAAAUCUUCGACGAAGCACGAAAGUUCGCCUACCGUUCUUGGGUGAGACCCUGCGUCGUCUAUGGAGGUGCCGACAUUGGUACACAACUUCGAUCCAUUGAACGAGGUUGCGAUCUGCUUGUUGCCACUCCUGGUCGACUGGUCGAUCUCAUCGAACGAGGUCGCAUCUCACUUGCUAACAUCAAGUACUUGGUUCUUGACGAGGCCGAUCGCAUGCUUGACAUGGGUUUUGAACCUCAGAUUCGCCGCAUUGUCGAGGGUGAAGACAUGCCCAAUGUUCAGAACCGUCAGACACUCAUGUUCUCGGCCACCUUCCCACGGGACAUCCAGAUGUUGGCUCGAGACUUCCUCAAGGACUACGUGUUCUUGUCUGUUGGGCGAGUGGGUUCAACAUCCGAGAACAUCACUCAGAAAGUCGAAUAUGUCGAGGACCAAGACAAGCGUUCAGUCUUGCUCGACAUUCUGCACACUCAUUCUGGCGGUUUGACCCUGAUCUUCGUCGAGACCAAGCGCAUGGCCGACACCUUGUCCGACUUCCUCAUCAACCAAGGCUUCCCCGCAACCGCUAUUCAUGGUGACCGCACCCAGCGCGAGCGUGAGCGGGCACUGGAAUACUUCCGCAAUGGUCGAUGCCCAAUUAUGGUGGCCACUGCUGUUGCAGCUCGAGGUUUGGACGUCCCAAAUGUCAUGCAGGUCAUCAACUACGAUCUUCCCACGGACAUCGAUGAUUAUGUGCACCGCAUCGGUCGUACGGGUCGUGCUGGAAACACAGGUAUCGCAAUCGCCUUCUUCAACCGUGGCAACCGUGGCAUUGUUCGUGAGCUUCUUGAACUUCUCAAGGAGGCUCACCAGGAAGUCCCCAGCUUCUUGGAGAACAUUGCUCGAGAAAGCUCUGGCUUUAGUGGUGGUGGUCGUGGUGGCCGUGGCCGUGGAGGUGCCGGCCGUGGUGCUUCUGCCACUCGUGACGUGCGUCGUGGAGGCGGAGGCAUGGGCGGUGCUCCUUCAUAUGGCGGCGGCUUCGGCGGUGGUUAUGGUGGUGGCGGUGGCAGUGGCUAUGGUGGUGGCGCGGCAUACGGCGGCAGCGGUGGUGGCGCUGGCGGCGCUGCUUACGGCGGCAAUUACGGAGGAAGCUACGGCAACCCAGGUGGUGCCAGCGGGCCAUCUUCGUGGUGGUAG